AUGCCCCCUUCUUCUUUUCCUGACAUUUGGACUUGGAUUCAAAACCUACCACCACUAACACAAUGGCAAACAAACACCAAAUCCAUACGCAUUAUUUCUUCAUCUCAACCAUCUCUUGAGCUCUCCAUUUCCAAAACCCUAAUCCACUCUUCUUCCUUCUCCUUCUCCAUUCGUGUUAAUUACAACUUACCCAUCUCACUUUGGACCUCUAAACCACUCAAAUCCGCCAUUAGCAACACCUUGUUCCAUGAACACACCAUCUCCAAACUCUUGACCAAUAUCAUUAAAGAUAUCCUCAACUACACCCCCAUCAAACCCUCCAAUUCUUUCCUAAAACUCCCUCAACCCAACUCGAUUCCCAACCUCAAAGACAUAUUCAAUUUCGUGUUCCUGGCGCUGGUUUUCAUAGUAUCGAUCUAUGAAGCUCCACAAGAUAUCCGGUGUGAUUGUAUAAACAUGCUUAAAGAUCAAUUCGCGAGUUCAUGGGCAAGGGAAACGUCCAAAAGGUUGAUGAGGUUAAUGGGGUCGAAUACAGAAGAACAAUGGAUGAGGUCCAUGAAUCUUGCGAUCACAAACUGGAUGACAGAGCUACGAGCAAGGAAUCACUGCCUGAAAGCGCCAUCACCCAUGUAUUCUUCAGCGAUUUCAGGAUUAGGGUUAUGGAAAGUUCAGCUGUAUUGUCCAGUGAUUGCUAUGGAGAUUGAGAAGUGUAAUAGUCCUGGACAAGAAGAUCAAAAACUUGGUUUUUCUUUGAAUUAUCAUCAGGUUGAAGGGGUGAUCCAACUGAAUCAUCAAGUGAUGGUUCGAGAGGAAUGGAUUGAUGUUUUGGUUAGCAUCGAUAACGUGAGAUAA